AUGCACAGGAGCAGCAAGAGAAAUGCUAUCUCCAAGCGCUGCAGACUCUGCAGGAGACCAUACGGCAAGCCAUCCACCCAGCUUCAUCAUCUCUGGGCCUGUAGAGUCCACGAAUGGCACUGCCUACACCAGCACCCCGGGGGAAUACUACUGCACUUAGGGUCCAGAGCACACCGAUGCCCACCAGUCAGCCAAUGCUCAGAACCGAGCCAAAGUAGCCAAGCUUCCAGUCAGGGGGAAGACAAAGAGAACUAUCUGUAUUGGUUCGAGUGGCUCGCCAGAACCUGGAGGUGGCCAGAGGAAGAAUGGAGUUACCAGCUGGUUCCACUGUUGACCAGGCAAGCGCUGGAGGCCUACCUGGCGAUGGAUGAAGACCAAGCAGCAGUCUACAGUGAACGCAAGAAGGCUCUGUUGGAGAAGUUUAGCAUCUCUCCAGAAACCUAUCGUCAGCGGUUUCGUGCAACUAUGACCCCAGUUGGGGAGACACCCUCAAAGACAUACAAUCGGCUAAGGCAUUUGUACCGCCGUUGGGUGCGACCGGAACUAUACACCAAGGGGGAGAUUGGUGAGAUGGUCAUCCUGGAGCAGUUUCUCCGAGUCCUGCCGUACGAAGUCAGGAUAUGGGUAAAGGAACGAGAGCCUAGAACUGGGCUAGCUGCUGCAAAACUUGCCCAGCAGUAUCGGAACGUUCCCAAUAGGGUCGUCAUCUCCAACCAACGAAAGGUGACCAGAGGAGUUCUACCAGUGGAUGGAGCGCUGGAGAAUCUCGCCGCAACAUUCAAGACAGAAAGGGGGAUAAAGACACCAGAGAACAGAAACUCACGUGUUACUAUUGUCAACAGCCAGGACACAAAGCAACCGUGUGCCCAGCAAGAAAAGCAAAAUUGACGGGGUUU